CAGUAUGAAGAGGGUAAGAAACGAAGAAAGCCUAACUACAGUAGUGUGGAUCUGUCUGAGGUCGAGUGGGAAGACAGAGAUGAUGUGCUCCGAAAUGCAAUGGUGAAUCGGAAAACUGGUAAAUUCUCUAUGGAAGUGAAGAAGACAGUGGACAAAGGGAAGCGGGUAUUGGUGAUGACAAAUGACUACUAUUAUACAGACAUCAAGGGGACUCCAUUCAGUUUAGGUGUGGCUCUCUCUAGAGGACAUGGAAAAUAUUUCUUCAGAGGGAAUGUAACUGUAGAAGAAGGUUUACAUGAUUUAGAACACCCUGAUGUAUCUUUAGCAGAUGAAUGGUCCUACUGCAACACUGACUUACAUCCUCAACACCGUCAAAUGACUCAGUUAGAAGCAAUUAAACGCUACCUCACAGGAAAAGAGCCUUUGCUCCAAUGUGAUAAAGAAUUGAUCCAGGAAGUUCUGUUUGAUGCAGUCGUGAGUGCACCAAUUGAAGCUUAUUGGACCAGUCUAGCUUUGAAUAAAUCAGAAAACUCUGACAAGGGAGUGGAAGUUGCCUUCCUUGGAACUCGGACUGGACUAUCUCGCAUCAACCUGUUUGUGGGGCCGGAACAGCUUACUAAUCAAGACUUCCUGACAGCUGAAGAUAAGGAGAACAUUUUUAAUGCUGAUCAUUUUCCACUCUGGUACAGAAGAGCUGCUGAGCAAAUACCUGGGAGCUUUGUCUAUUCCAUCCCAUUCAGCACAGAAACCUCAAACAAGAGCAAUGUAGUGACAGCCAGUACUGCUAUUCAGCUUCUGGAUGAUAGGAAAUCUCCAGUAGUUGCAGCUGUAGGUAUCCAGAUGAAACUUGAAUUCUUCCAACGGAAAUUUUGGACUGCAAGCAGACAGUGUGCCUCUCUUGAUGGGAGAUGUGCUAUAAGUUGUGAUGAUGAAACAAUCAACUGUUACUUAAUAGAUAACAAUGGAUUUAUUUUAGUGUCUGAAGACUAUAGCCAGACUGGUUACUUUUUUGGGGAAGUUGAAGGAGCUGUGAUGAACAAGUUACUAACAAUGGGCUCCUUUAAGAGAAUUACACUUUAUGACUACCAGGCCAUGUGUAGAACAAACAAAGAGAGUAGCGACAGUGCCCAUAGCUUACUGGACCCUUAUAAUGCCUUCUUUGCUGCAGUAAAGUGGAUUAUGACUGAACUUGUCUUGUUCCUUGUGGAAUUUAAUCUAUGCAGUUGGUGGCACUCUGAUCUAACAGCAAAAGCGCAGAGGUUGAAACAAACCCUAGAGCCCUGUGAUACUGAAUAUCCAGCUUUUGUUUCUGAGCGCACUAUAAAGGAGACCACGGGGAAUAUUGCUUGCGAUGACUGUUUCAAGUCUUUUGUUAUCCAGCAAAUCCCAAGCAGCAACCUCUUCAUGGUGGUAGUAGAUAACGAAUGCUUCUGUGAUUCUGUACCACCAAUUACCAUGGCACCUAUAGAAAUAAGGUAUAAUGAAUCCCUUAAAUGUGAACGUUUAAAAUCUCAGAAGAUAAGAAGACGCCCAGAAUCUUGUCAUGGAUUUCACCCUGAAGAAAAUGCAAGAGAAUGUGGUGGUGUCUCAGGCCUUAGUGCUAAGCCUACUCUUGUUCUUCUUCCUCUGCUAUUGACAAUUUUCUCAAGGUGACAUUGACUGAUGUGUUCAAUUGGCAUGCUAAUAUAUGGAUAAACUGUGAACUGGGAAAUGGUGCAACAUAGAGGACAUGAAAUAUAGUCAGAGCAUCAGCAUUUCAUGAUUUUAAACUGUUGGUGAUAUAAAUUCUUAAAGAUAUGUUGAAAAAAAGAUUUAUCUUUUUACUUUGCAAGUCAUGCAGAUGUGAAUUUGGCAUAUGGUAGUCAUGAUUCAUCAAAAAAGGACUUGGUAGAUAGAGGUGACCAUUGCUUUGUCCCAUUGAAAACAAUUUAAAACUGUGUACUUUUUUCAAUAAAGUAUAUUAAAAUCACAA